UAAACCAAACAAGCCUUUCACUUUUUCCUUUCUUGGUUUUUAUCUCAUGAACCCCUAGUCCUAGGAUCACACCCUUUGCUUCAAAGAUCAAUCUCUAAGGGAUUCAAUUCUUGUAAGAUUUCAGUAGAAGGAUUUAAUUUUCCAACAUUUCAACUCAAGCUUAAGGUGAAAUAUUCAUGGCAUUUGAAUCUCAAGGAAGUUAUGAAAUUUUGGAGAAGCUUGUUGACAUUGUCGCUAAUUAUCCAGAAGAACAAGUUGAUUUCGCUCAAUCCAAACCAUGUUUUGACAAUGAUCAAGUUUCAAUUGAUGAUUUCAAACUUGACAAAGGAAAGGGAAAACUAGUUGAUUCAAAAGAUGCAUUAGAAAUGAAUCCCAAGUUGGGAACUACAAAGAUUUCCAAAACUAAAUUAGCAUUAACUAAUGAUGUUUCAUCCACUCGUCAUCGGUCAAUCACUGACCUUCCUCGAGCCUUGAUAUUGGAAAUCUUAAACUACCUCGACCCAAAAGCGCUCGGUGCAUUUUGUUGCGUCUCAACAAUCCUCCGUCGGAUCACAUCAGAGCACCAUAUUUGGAAAGUUUGUUACUGUGCGAGGUGGGGUUUCCUAGAAGUUUCAACAUUUGGGGGCUCUGAGUUAACAGAUGGGAAAACUUGGAAGGAACUCUUUUCAGAGAGGGAGCUCAAAAUCAAUGCCUUCAAAGGAGAAUACAAUCUUGAAGUCCUAUAUGGCCACACAGAGAUAGUUCGCACAGUUUUUCUCCUACCUUCUGCAAAUCUCAUUUUUAGUUCAGGGGAUGAUUGCACUGUUUGUAUGUGGAACAUGGAAGAUGGGUCAAUGGUUGCAUCGUCCCGACCCCUUGGUUGUGUCAUCCAUGCAGUUGCUGCAGACACGAAACUUUUGGUUGCUGGGACUACUCAUGGCUUCAUCCACUGUUGGAAAGCUAUAAAGGGGUUUCCUUUUCUAUUCGACCUUAAAGGCUCUCAAAACCAGCCCAUUGAAUUUCGACUAUGGGAACAUGAAGGGCCUAUCACUUGUGUUGCUUUAGAUCACACAAGGAUUUAUAGUGGCUCACUCGACAUGACUAUACGCUUAUGGGAUCGAUCUAUGAUGAAAUGCAUAAGUGUUUUGAGGCACGAUGAUGCAGUUUGGAUGCUCAUCCCCCGUGGAAGUAUGGUGGUGAGCACAUCAGGCGACGAUGUCUAUCUUUGGGACACUACAGACGGUGGUAGGAGAACUCCUGUUAGGGUUAUUUAUAAUCUCCAGACAAAGGCUUUAGCAGUAAACCAUGGUGGUAAUUUCAUUUUUGCUGGGGGAGAAGAAGAGGCCAUCCAUGUGUUUGAGGUAAGAGAUCAUUAUAAAACUAUUCCAAUCACAACAUGGUAUCCUCACGCAGGUCCUGUGCUUUCCCUUGCCUUUGAGUUUCCAUGGCUUGUUGCUGCAUCAACGGAGGGGAGGUUGUCACUAGUUGACGUAAGAUUGUUAUUAAGGAGUAAGAGAUCUUCCAUGAAAAGGUUUUUGGGAGUAAAUGAAAUUGGCGCCGGCAGGGGAGCGCCUCGGGAGAAGACGCUAUAUCGGAUGGGGGGCAAAGUGUACUCGGUGGACAUUAAGGCUGCUCAUAUUGUCUGUGGGGGUGAAGAUGGCCUUGUUAGGGUCUGCAACUUCUCACAGGGUUUGGGGGCUACAGCCAAAAAAUAGUUAGGAUGAGGUGAUGCAUGUAGGCUCCAAAAAGGGAUGAACAAUAUACAAAUAAAGGAUUAAGGGUGGUCCUAUUUUUAUUUUUCUUUUUUUUUUACUUCUAUUUGACAGUAUUGCUAAGGUUAGUUGUGUGGUAGAAGAACUAUAAUUAUAUAUAAAUUGUAAGCAUGCAUCUAGGUAUUAUAUGUUCUCUUAGACAUUUCAGUAUUGGAGGAUGGUGCAUGGUUAGGUGAAGGAGUGUUAAUUUUAUAAUUAAUGUAUGUUGUGAUAGGUAA